CUCUCUCUCUUAUUUAGUCAAAAGCCUAUAAAAUCAGACCCCAAGUGCUCCCAAGGGCCGGCCUUAAUGUUCCAGUAACACAAAAAACAAGGCCACCAGUUUCCCUACCGCUCCCGUUAAAAAGCAAAAACAAAGAAGAGAAGAGAAGAAAAGAAAAGAAAAGAAAGUGUUUUUAAUUUUGUUUAAAAAACUAGUUGUUUUUCAGCUUUUUAAUUCUUCCACUUCUUCUCCUGCUCAAUGGGAAGGUCUCCUUGUUGUGAGAAAGCUCACACAAACAAAGGAGCGUGGACCAAAGAAGAAGAUGAUCGACUUAUUGCAUACAUAAGGGCUCACGGCGAGGGUUGCUGGCGCUCACUACCUAAAGCCGCCGGUCUCCUAAGGUGUGGCAAGAGUUGUAGGCUGCGUUGGAUUAACUACCUCAGACCUGACCUCAAACGUGGAAACUUUACAGAAGAAGAAGACGAGCUUAUCAUCAAGCUCCAUAGUCUCCUUGGAAACAAAUGGUCUUUAAUAGCUGGAAGACUACCAGGAAGAACAGACAAUGAGAUAAAGAACUACUGGAACACCCACAUAAGAAGAAAGCUUCUGAACAGAGGAAUUGACCCUGCAACUCACCGGCCACUCAACGAGUCAGGUCAAGAAACGACAAACACUUCCACCACUACAACCGCCACAACAACCACCACCACCACCGCCUCCAACACGACCACCACAAUCUCGUUUGCUGCUUCCACUGUUAAAGAAGAAGAGAAAACGACAAGUGUUUUGUUAAACCCAAUUCAAGAACAGUGUCCUGACUUGAACCUUGAGCUCAGAAUUAGCCCUCCUUAUCCGCACCAGCAACGCCAGCCAGACCAAUUGAAGAGCGGUGGUGCUUCUCUCUGCUUUGCUUGUAGUUUGGGUUUGCAGAACAGUAAAGAGUGUUGCUGUACAAUUUCAAGUAUGGAUAGCAAUAACCCAAGCACCAGUGUUGGUUAUGAUUUCUUGGGCUUGAAAUCUGGUGUUUUGGAUUACAGAAGCUUGGAAAUGAAAUAGUCAUAAUAAUUGAUAAUAAUAAAAAUACUAUCAUUAAAAAAAGGAUGGAUUUUUGGGGGGGGGGGGAGUUUUCUUAUGUAGCAUAUAACAGAAUAUUGGAGAGAUAUUAGAAAAUGAAAAAGAUUGCUAAUUCAUUGGAAAGCUCUCAUCUCAGAUAUAUUUUUUUUUACCUUCUCCCCUCUAAUUGUAUGACUGUUUAUAAUAGUAUAGUACCGCUACCAGUACAGUUUGAUUCCUA